CUACUUUUCUUUAUAAGAAAAUUAGAAUAGGCUCCUGAGGGCGAUGUAGACCUUCAUUUCGGUUUGACAGUCCAAUCCUUGAGUAAUAAGGUUUGACACUUGACACCCUGGACCUGGUUUGAUACUUCAAUAAUGCUCUGGGGGGGGCACUGGCCUCUAGAAUUUAGCUCCUAUCCUUAAAUACACUUGAACAAGCUAACCAAGCCUUCAGACUUAAUACAAACUUCCAGGAAAGUGUGCUGGAACUGGUUAGAGUAACAUCUGCAGGAGGAUGCCACCCCUAAAAGCCUGUCUUAAAUUAUGAGACAAAAGAAAUAAUAAUAUUAAGUAAAUAAAAAAAUAUUGCAAAAGUCUUCAGUGUGAGAAUGACACCUAGUGGUUGCUCUUUAAUAUAAGCAGUAAAAUACAGGUGAGUCACUUCUGACAUUGAUGUUUUGCACACGUCACUUCUAGACCAGGAAACAAAUUCAGCUCCUCAUUUCAAAGAAAACGAAAGUGUAGAUAAGACAUUGUGUUUCUUUCUUGCUGCCAGUACACAGUGAAAUGGCAGAAAGCAGUAUUUUAGUAGAUCAGUUCAACUGUCUGAUUUGUCUGGAUCUCCUGAAGGAGCCAGUGACCAUCCCCUGUGGACACAGUUACUGUAUGAGCUGCAUUACUGACUGCUGGAAUCAAGAUGAGCAGAGGAGAGUUUACAGCUGCCCUCAGUGCAGACAGACCUUCACUCCAAGACCUGCUUUAAACAAGAAUGUGGUGUUUGCUGAAAUUGUGGAGAAACUGAAGAUGACAAAAGUCCAAACAACUGACCCUGCGCCCAGUUAUGCUGGACCUGGAGAUGUGGAGUGUGAUGUUUGUACUGGAAUAAAAUACAAAGCCAUCAAGUCGUGUCUGCUGUGUCUGGAAUCUUACUGUCAGACUCACUUUGAGCGUCAUGAGGCUUUUCGCACCGGUAAACGACACAAGAUAACUGAUGCCAGCGGACGAAUCCAGGAGAUGAUCUGCCUAAAACAUGAUAAACUGCUGGAGGUUUACUGUCGCACUGACCAGAAGAGUAUAUGCUUACUGUGUACGAUGGAUGAACACAAAAAUCAUAACACUGUAUCUUCUUCAUCUGAGAGAACGGAGAAACAGAAACAUUUGAAAGACACACAGAGAAAUCUGCAGCAGAAAAUCCAGGAGCGAGAGAAGAAGAUUCAGGAGCUAAACGAGUCUGUGAAAACUCACAAGAGCUCUGCACAGACAGCAGUGGAUGACAGUGAGAGGAUCUUUACUGAACUCAUCCAGUACAUUGAGAGAAGACGAUCUGAGGUCUCACAGAUGAUCAGAGAUCGAGAAAAGACUGAAGUGAGUCGAGCUGAAGGACUCUUGAAGAAACUGGAGCAGGAGAUUGAAGAUCUGAAGAGGAGAAACACUGAGCUGGAGCAGCUUUCACACACUGAUGAUCACAUACAUUUCCUACAGAGAUUCCAGUCUCUCUCUGAACCCUUGGAAUCUACGGAUGUGUUCAAUUUUGCUGUCAGUUCUGACUCCCCUUAUGAAGACGUGAGCAAAUCUGUCUCUCAAAUGAAAGAACAAAUGGAAGAGUUCUGCACAAGGAAGACAGAAACCCUACAUAGUCAAGCAACACAGAUCAGUAUUAUUUACCAGAUUGAACCCAAGACCAGGAAGGACUUCCUACAAUAUUUCCAGCAGCUCUCUCUGGAUCCAAACACAGCCCAUAAACACCUCCGUCUGUCUGAUGGCAACAGAGUGGCGACUAAUACUGACAAAGUCCAGCGGUAUCCUGAUCAUCCCGACAGAUUUGACAACUUUUCUGGGGUGUUGUGUAGAGAGAGUGUGAGCGGACGCUGUUACUGGGAGGUGGAGUGGAGACCGAAUGAGGGUGAUUAUGGGAUGGGUGUAGCGCUCGCUUAUAAGAGCAUCAAGAGAAAGGCACAGAGAUAUAUUAGUGGAUUUGGAUGUAAUGAUCAGUCCUGGAGUUUGUUCUGCUCUAACUCCCGUUACACAUUUAGGCACAAUGGCCAACAGAAGAAACUCUAUGUAUUUCCCAUCUCCUCUAGGAUAGGAGUGUAUGUGGAUCCCAAAGCAGGAAUUCUGUCCUUCUUCAGCGUCUCUGACACAAAAAUGAGCCUCAUCCACAGAGUCCAAACCACAUUCACUGAACCACUCUACCCUGGGUUUUGGGUUUAUAAGUCAAAGGUGAAUCUGUGUCAUCUUAAAACAUUUCACCCAGACUGUGAUAAUUUUGACGAUUAGUGAAUGAUGCAUUCUUUUUUCUAUUCAGUAUUAUAUUUAAACCACUGAAAUAGUAUGCUCAUAUCUUAUGUAAUUAAUAAAAACGAGAUCUAUCCAA